ACACCCGGUAAAGCAAAUCAGUGCCCUUCUAAUAACGAGCUCGGAAUCGCCGCUCGGUAUUCAUUCCUCCUGAAUUCCUCGCCGUCGGCGAAGUCUACCAAAGAGGAAGGAGGAGGAGAUUCCAAUCCCGAGAAACACCAAAGAGGGGCGCAUAAAAUUUGUGGGUUUCGCAGAGAUUUCUUGAUUCCGAUGAUUGUGAUCGAUGCGUGUCUCGCUGCAUCCACUGGUAAUUAUCCUUAAAUUCGAUGUGCCCGAUUUUUGAUCUGGAAGAUUUUAAGAUAGAAUUGGUGGAUUUCAGAUUUUCUGACAGAAACGAGUUAGAUUUUGUUUUCCUGAGGCAGCUUAUGUUCUGGAUCUUGUUUUCGGCGGCCGGGAAUUCGUUCUGUAAACAGAACUGGACGAGAAAGAAUGAAGGGAUUCUGAUGGCUGGCGAAGUCUUUGGUCUCUUGUGGAUCCGUGUUUCUUAUUUCUAAAGAUCACUUAUUUGGUUGUCGAUCUCGAUUAUUUUUUAUGUAGGGGUUUUGUAUCCUUGGAAUUCUUUUUGGUAUAUGGAAUUGUUUGCUAGCUCUUCUUGGUGGGUUCCAUGGUCUUUGAAGCUAAUGCAUCUAUUUUUUUGCGAGUAUUGGUUCUCAGGGUGCGGCUGAUGCUGUGAUUUCUUGCCAGAUAAAUCGCAAAUGUUUCUCACUUAGUUGUCUUCUUAAACUUACUGAAUUGUUCGCUUUUGUCAAAGUAUUCGUUUGCUUUACCUCGAGUUAUCUUUAUUUAGAUGAGGAAAACGGGAAAUUUCUUCCGGAAAGCUUGAUGUAAUCAGGUCGUAGGAUUGGGAGAGGAGGAGAGUGCCAUCAGAAUAAUAGAUCUGAACAGGGAAGUGAAGCUGGGAGUAUGGGGUCUGUCUGUUCUUGCUUGCUUGCAGGAGACACUGAGGAAUAUCGACGUUCCAAUGCUUUAAAUUCCAGAAACUGCAUCUGCCUCGGAUGCUUGGCUCAGCAAUUGAUGAGUGUGGAAAGAGUUGCUCUUGCUUCUCCAGCAUUAACCAUGGAUGACUCUGUACCUGAUACAUAUCACUCUCCUCCCAGGCCUAUACCAUAUGAUGAUCCUAGAUUUACUCAGCAUGAUGGCCUUAUCUCAAGGCAUGAAAAAUUUUUAAGCCAUUUUCAUCAGGAAUCUGAACCACUUAGAAGUAACACUAAUAGUGAGACAGAAUCAAAGAUGAAAGGCAAGUGUAAGUCAAACUAUGAUGGAGGAUCCAAACUAUGUCAGCCUGAGUCUUCAUUGAAUCACUUCUCUGCCGAAGCCAGAAAAGAAGUAACAUAUAUUUUUCCUUCUUCUGAAGAUGAGGAUGUUUGUCCAACAUGUCUUGAAGAAUAUACUUCUGAAGACCCCAAGAUAACAAUGCAAUGCUCUCAUCAUUUCCAUCUUGGUUGUAUAUAUGAGUGGAUGGAGAGAAGUGAUGCAUGUCCUGUUUGCGGCAAGAUGAUGGUAUUCAAGGAAGCAACAUGAUCAUUCCACAUAUAUCUUUGAUAAAUUUAUUCAUUUGGACAUAUGCAGGGAAUAUGUGUACUUCGUAUUUCAUAGUGUGUAUAUACAUAUAUCAUGAAGUAUAUAUCAAUGCCAUAAGUCUUCCGGUGUCGUUUCACAGGCUUUGAUAUUGGUGAAUAUUUUAGUAUAUACGAAUGAAGUCAACCGUGACUUAUUCGCUCAUAUAGAUUUUUACGGUUCUUCUGUUGCCUCCAUACUGAUGUAUACAUAGCUGCCCAGACAGUUGCUUGGAUGUUUGUACAGAAAAAGAAAUGUUGUUAUUGUCAUUCCAGUCGUCUUCUAUCAAGAAAAACUCUUGUAAGAAUUUGUCCUGACGGUAGAAAGUGACACUCAUGACCUUGUCAUUC